CAGUUCGCGAAAAUCAAUCGUUUCGGACGGUCGCUUGCGCGUCAAAUUCUCAAGCCUGCUUUAAUUACGCUCGUAUUUGUGGAAAAAACAAUAACAAAAACCUUGCUUAUCGCCAAAUGUGUUGUAUCUAUGUGUUGGUGUGACGCAGUUGUGCGAAUACGUGAAAUUAUUACAAUUUUUCCCUCAACCAUUAAACCAGCCCAACAACACUCUUGAAAAACCGCGAACGAAAGUGUUACGUCUCUCUUUUCUUGUAAUUAACAACAACAAAAAUCAUACCAACUUACCUUGACGUCAUUUGUUUUUUUUUAUUAUUAUACUCGUACAUCGGACGACAAAAAGCGCUAGUGUUUGUUGUUUUUUUUUUGUGGUAGCUGCUGGUGCUUGGCACGAACUUUUAAUCAAAACUUGGCCAACUGGUAUUGUUGUUGGCUCAGUGCGUAAACAAAAAAGAAAAACUGCUGGCGAAAAAAGCGAGCGUAAAAAUUUGCAUUAAUGCAGUCGCGUCGCAUGAAUGAAUGAAAUUCUUAGUGCGCGACAACAAAUUACGAAAGCAAACAAAAAAAGAAAAACAAAUAAACCAUGGUCUACACAAUACCGUUUUUUAGCCACAAUGACCCGCCAGACGACAUGAUCAUCACCAAAGAAAAAAGCAUGGCUUGCCUGCAGGAUGAGUUCGGUCACCUGGGCAUCGCCGCCACAGACCUGCCCUUCAAGUCCGCCGACUUGGACUCUCCGCCCCGCCUCCAGCAUCACAACAACUAUGCGGAGAUCACGGACAGCAGUGCGGAAAACACGUGCCAACAGCGCUGGCCACCUCACGUGGGAGGAGCGGCGGCGAACUUCGGACAUCCGGACAAGCCGAUUGGCUGGAUGUACGGACUGCUGGGAUGCAUGAAGCCCGUGCUGUCGUUUAUCGGAAAGACGGGCGUGAUCGAGGUGAAGAGUCAGCGGAGCGAAGACUGGCAGAUUCCCUUCGAGUCUAUCACGGAUUUGGAGUGGCUCGGAAGUGGAGCACAGGGAGCCGUCUUCAGUGGCAAGCUAAAGAACGAGAUUGUUGCUGUGAAGAAGGUUAAGGAACACAAGGAAACUGAUAUCAAGCAUCUCAGGAAGCUCGAUCACGAAAACAUUAUUAAGUUUAAGGGAGUUUGCACGCAAUCGCCAGUGUUCUGCAUCAUCAUGGAGUUCUGUCCCUAUGGGCCUUUGCAGAACAUUCUCAAGGAGGGGCAAGUCAUGUUACCGUCCCGCUUGGUCUCUUGGUCCAAGCAAAUUGCCCUGGGAAUGCAAUAUCUGCAUUCCCAUAAGAUCAUACAUAGAGAUUUGAAAAGUCCCAACAUACUGAUUAGUACAAAUGAGGUGGUAAAGAUCAGCGACUUUGGCACGAGUCGCGAGUGGAACGAGAUUAGCACCAAGAUGAGUUUUGCCGGCACAGUUGCCUGGAUGGCACCGGAAGUGAUCCGGAAUGAACCGUGCUCCGAGAAGGUGGAUAUUUGGUCAUACGGAGUGGUACUCUGGGAAAUGCUUACCUGCGAGAUACCCUACAAGGAUGUGGACUCAUCGGCCAUUAUCUGGGGUGUCGGCAAUAACUCACUCAAGCUGUUGGUUCCGAGCACUUGUCCCGAGGGAUUCAAGCUGCUUGUCAAACUUUGCUGGAAGAGCAAGCCCCGCAAUCGGCCUUCGUUUCGGCAGAUUCUGGCGCACUUGGACAUCGCCGGCCCCGAACUGUUGCGAAAAACUGAAAAGCAAUAUUUUGAGACGCAAAAGUCAUGGAAGGAGGAGGUGCGAUCGCACCUGAAGGAGAUAACCCAAAAUGGCACUAGCAUACACAAGUACGAGCAAGAUCUGAUUAAACGGCGCACGGCAGAGUGGCGACAUGCCCAGGAUAUCCGAAUGGUGUACGAGGAGAAGCUGCAGAAGACGAACCAGCUGUUCUUCGAGCUCAGCGAGUGCAUGUCCCAGUUGCAGGAGAAGGAGAAGGAAAUCGCUGAACGUGAACGAAAGCUACCUGGCAGUGGCUAUAAGCCGACGCGACGAUUGGGUAAUACACUCAGAAAAAUGCAGCAUUAUCGCCGACGACUGAACGCUCCACAGGCCGCCAUUCAACAACAAUCCACUACGCCAGAUCCAGAAACUACGCCGGAGUCUCCUGUGAAGUGUGUGCUAUAUGCCCAAUUGGACAGCAAUUGCCAGCCCAAAUCUUAUCUGGCCAACAUAAUCCCAGGCAGCGGCAUUGGCGGCACGAUGCCAAACAAAAACAAAAAGAACUUCCGGCAUCGACGCAACGGCUCCGGAUCUUUUGGCGCCCCACCCAAAUACAGUCCGACGCGAGAUCGUCGCUACCUGAGCGAACCGGAGAACCGAAAGGUUCAGCUGGUGGAGCGGCAAACGCAAACAGAUGCCAUGGAUGUCAGUGAAACGGACAUUAGUCCCAGCGCAGAGGCUCCUCAAUCUCAACCCAUCGAUGUGCCCGUCCCGAAUCAUCGCCAGCUGCCGCUGCAACUGCAAAGGGUACAGAAAAUUGCUCAAGCUCAGGCGAGGGCACGCAGCGGAAGCACUUCAUCCGCUGCUGGUGUCCUGAAUCCUGCCUGUCCGUCGAAUGGCAACUCGCUGAGCACUAGCGAGCUGACCUACCAGGAUGCCUGCUCUAGUCCCGAUCAGCUUAUUGACGAUGUUAUGAACAGCAACGAGCGAUUGGACAUGACCGAAUGCUGUAGCGACAAUGAAAACCUGGAUCGCCUGGGACGCAAAGUCAUUGAAUUUAUCAACGAGAACCGCCUAUCUAUUCAGUCCAACACGAAUUCCAACAGCAACACGGAGAACGGAAAUGGAGGAGGAGCUUCGCCUGUAGAAUUGCGCGAGAGUGGUAACAGUCCGUGCUUGAGUCGAUGCAGCAGCACGCAGAGCAAACGACGGAAGCACCCGAUGGGAGAUAACCCCAACGGAAGUUCGAUAAGCAUUGCCAACGGAGAAUCCCACGAGCAAGACAGCUGGUCAGAUGAGGAGGGCGAAACCACGGACUACAAGCACGCCCUGAGGAGAAGGAGUUUUGGCCGCCUGCCCAUUGGUCGUGGUAUGCGACCGCGUCGCAGCUACAAAGCUCCACUCUCGCAAAAGAUUGCCAUCCACAAGCGCAAUGCCGUUAUCGUCACCGACGAGGAGGAGAACACCUCUGAGUACAGCCACUCGCCCUCGAGUCAGCACUCGACGCUCGAGAGCAAUACGGAUAUUGCAACGGCCAUGAAGAAAACCCAGGACACAUCCACCUCAACCAACAGCUAUAGCGAUCCCGACGACGAUUCGAGUGAUUCCAGCGACGAGGAGCAGGGCAAUCGGGUGGCGAAGGCCAGGACAGUCGAAGGUUCAGCGUUGCCGAUGGGCGCCGUGCGCAGCAGCGAUAUUAUAUCCAUACCCACUUUUGAGGCUGAUGGCGCCGUCAAUAUGGUCUAACCUAGUACGAUAUCUAGCCUAAGUGAGAACUCCUAAACUAAUCCCGAAACUAGAGUUGUCCACGUUACACAGCAAAAACUAUCUCCUAUAUACUCAACGAGAAAUCGCCCCAAAUUGUAUGGUAUUAUCUAUGUUCAUGUCCAGAUCUAAAACUCUUUUCUAAUUUAUAUGUAAACGUGUAAUUGGAAUUCAGCCUUCAAGCGUUGACCGUUUCGGAGGAUUUGAUUCUAAUACACAUAAGAAGGAAACAAAAACCUUUUGGGUUGGGGCAAUCUUUUUCGUGUCGUACUCGUAUCCAUGCAUUUCCUAUUUUGCUGAAUAUAAUUUCGCAUUAGAUUUAGUUAAUAUUACUAUUAUUCUUGUCCUUAGAUAGCUGCCUUUGUAAUAUAUUUUAAAAAUGCCCUAUUGUACAUGUAAUUAUAGCUAUUAAGCAUAGUUUUUGAUUCGAUAAUAAGAGCUUGAACCACAACACAAAAGGAAAACCCACAAAAACCGAACUACAAAGCAACAAAAUAGAAUUGGCCUCAGGCAUUAAAUAGUAACGAAAUGUAAGAGAAGAAAUAGUCAGGGAUAUUUUUUAUAAAGCAAAAUUUGCUGAGAACUUGAAAGGAACGUGUUUUUAAAGAAGCGCAUUGUACGUAUAAUUUUGUAGACGCAUUCGAAUGAAAGUUUCCGAAUUAUGCGGGGAAUUUGCCAUUCGAAAAAUCUUAUUUCUAUAUGCACAAAAUUCCAAGCUUCAGUGCCUUAAUGCAAACACAAAAAAAGAAAAAUGGUAAUACAUUUUGGAGAAAUUAAAUGAUAAUCUGGUAAAUCUGACCGCGGCUAUGACGUGGCCAUGAGCACUUUCUAGACCUUAUAAACAACUUAUGGAGCAGAUAACAAUAUAUUUUCGCCCCUCUGGAAAUCGUUCAUCAGCUGCAAAACGAAUUACAAAUUUAAUAUAAUUCUAUAUACACUCAAUAUAUAUAUAUUCUAUAUAUUUACACACUAGUUGGAUGUUUAGCUUCGUAAGAUAUGUCGCUUCUUCGUGCGCGACUUUUCCCUACAUUAUGUGAAUGUACUCAAUAUUAAGUUUAAUUUUAACGAACUCAUACGAAUUAGCAAUAAUAAUAAAAUGAAAACAUGAAAGAACGCUAUAA